AUGGCAGCCUAUGACGGCACGGGAAACCCCCAAGAACACAUCCUGAAUUAUAAGACGUUUAUGGAGCUCCAGACUCAUUCGGACGCCCUGAUGUGCAAAGUCUUUCCUACCACCCUCACAGGACCAGCUCGAGUGUGGUUUAACAGCCUAGAAGCAGGAAACAUUAAAGGCUUCACGGACCUGGCGAACAUCUUUAUCAGUGGAUUCAUUGCGGGAGUCUUGGCGGAAAGGAAAACGAGUUACUUGGAGACAGUCCGACAGAGAAGGAAUGAGUCUCUAAGAGAAUAUGUAGCCAAAUUCAACUCGGAGACCCUGCAAAUCCCUGAACUAGACAAGGCAAGGCUGCCCAUUACCCUGGCUGAACUGAUGAAACGGAUUGAGAAGUACAUCAGGCAAGAUGACGCCUUGACCACGAGUAGGUUCGCUAGAGAAAUAGGGGACAGGGGAAAGGCAGUGGAGGAUAGACGGCCUGAAAGGCAAGAGAGAAGACAAAACCGAGAGCCAAAGAUGCACAAACAAUCAUGGGAAAGGAAAAAACAGAGUUUGUAUCAGCCCAGAUCCCUGAGUUGCUACCAGCUGAUAAAUGAGAUAGAAAGACUCAUUAAGAGAGGGCAUCUCAAGAACUUCGUGAAAAAAUCAGAGGGGGAGAGACCUCAACAGAAUGCGGUGGCAGAGAGACCUCACAGGCAGGAGGCAAGAGCCGUGAAUGACGGCUCCAGUGGGACGAUCAACAUGAUCGUGAGAGGAACAGGAGGAUGGAUGAGCAUGAGAGGAAAGAAGAGGAACAAAAGUAGAGAAGGAAGCAGCAAUGAAGUCAUGCAGAUAGUAGAACACUCCUCGUUGACCAUCUCUUUCUCUCCAGAAGAUGCCCAUGGAGUUCAGAUGCCUCAUGACAACGCCUUGAUCAUUGAGGCUGUCAUUCACAACUUUCGGGUUCGCAAAGUCUUGGUGGAUGAUGGGAGUAAGGUAAAUCUGCUGCCUUACCGAGUCUUUCAACAAAUGAACAUUUCGGAGAAGCAGCUGGUUAGGGAUCAGGCCUCAGUUAAGGGGAUAGAACGCCAUAAAUAA